UACCCUAGUCAGCCUCCCUCAAUCGCCAUAUUGGGUACUGAAAAGGUUUGUCUGUUGUUUCUUCUCUCUUACUACGAGACGAAAUUGACAGGAGUGGCUUCAGUUACGGCACUUUGUUUUGAUGGUCUGUCGAGACUACUUUAGCUCAUAUUGCCAUAUUGGAAGUUAGCGUUUCUUUACAGACCUAUGCAUGCGUUUGUGUUGAUCAGCCGAUUUACUCUUGUUUUGGAUCGCGGCGAGCAAGGAGGAAAUAAGCAUUUUUAAGUGUUCUAUUUGGACGUUCUUUGAUUCUCGGAAAAUGUCAAAUGUUCGUGUUUCAAAUGGGAGCCCUACAUUUGAAAGGACCGAUGCUCGGUUUUCGGAUCACCCCAAACCGUCAGCCUGCAGGAACCUUUUCGGCCCGGUGGAUCACGAAGAGUUAAGGAGGGAUUUAAAGGGACAUUUGCAAGAGAUUGAAGAGACGUCCUCAGCGAAAUGGAACUUCGAUUUUUCAAGUCAAACACCCCUAUUAAACGGGAGAUUCGAAUGGGAACUAGUGGAUAGUAAAGACAUUCCACGUUUCUACAGCAGAACUCAACGAUCGUCAAAGGGCCUUUGCCCCUCUGGGAAUAAUAAUGUGGAUCUUAAUGGGAAUAGUUGUGUGACUCCACCGCAGCCCUCUGAAAACACAGAAAGGUCGGAGAGCAAAGAGCAGUGCACCGGGCAGAGAAAAAGACCAGCCUCCCAUGACCUCUCGUCCCAAAAUAAAAGGUCACACAGCAGUUCGGAUGAAAAUACUCGUUGCCCAGCCUUGGCGCAUUCUGUAGAACAUACACCCUUGAAAACCAGUCCCAGGACUCAAACGUGAAGAUGACAAAGAGCUGAAGCCGUAUUUCCCCUUUUGUCAUCAAAAGCCUCAGUGUUGGUUGAUUUUUGAAGAGGAACUACAAAGAAAAUGAAACAUAUCAAUUCUCCUGAAGGAUGGGGAUGCUGUGCAAGCACUGAAUAUAAACACUAAAGUUCUGGCACUCAUAAAGUUACUGCCUCUAAAAGCAGUCAAUGUAGCAGUGUGCAAUUAGGUUUUCCUUUUUUGCUCAUUUUUUUUACUACCUGUGUAUAUAUUUCUCUUCAUAUGUAGCACAUAAAACGUAUUAUGUUUUUUUUUUUUAAAUCCUUUAUGUAAAAGGCGUGAAUUUGAUUUGACUUGAAGAAUUGCAGUGUAUUUUUGUUUUCAAAAUGCUGUGUAUCUUAAGGCAGUGAGUGUAACCUGUUGAAGUAUAAUAAAUCUGCUCCAUUGAGAAAAUUAUUAUGGAUUAAAUAAUUGUUCCUCGUCAUUAUAGAUCUUCAUAGGUCAUGCCUGUAUGUAAGGAGAGAAGGACGGUACUUAAUGUGUGGCCUUGUUGUUUUUUUUAAGGUCAUUUAAGUGUCACUCAAUCUGGGUUCUCAUCCACCCCACAAACUAUUUCUGUUAUGACACAACAACAACAAAAAGAUCUGAAGUCAGCCAAUAUUUUUUUUGUAUUUUGAGAGAUUCCGGAAUAUCACAUUUUUCCUUCUCACCGUUUUUGAAAGUGUAGCCAAUUUGAAGUUGUGGGAGGUUAUCAUUUGCUGAAGGAUAGUCUAUGUUAACUGUACUGGUUGUAUGAAUCGACUGUAUCCUCUCCCUGACAUGCUCAAAUAUGUCUUUGUUAGUUUAAUGGUUGUUACUUUUUAAUGAGGUGUUUCCAUAUGGGUGGAAUAAUGCCCUACAAUACCAAAUACCUGGUUGCUUCAAUAUGGCUGUCGACGCUUUCACUUACCAUCAGGUUGCCUUGACAUUGUACUCCUGCGUUAAGAAAGGUAAUAGAAUUUGUUCGCCCCCCCCCCCCCCUUCUUCUCCAUGUCAUUGUUAGACUGCUGAUCAUGUAAAUGUAGCUUCGAAAAUAACUUUUUUCACCCAGUUACAAUCAGCCUUUGUUCAGAGGCUAAGAAUUGUCACACAAAAAAGCAGUCACUCUGCCUGUGUAUUUCGUGUAAAUCUUUGAAGUGUACAUAACUGUGUAAAAACACUGAGAAAUUAUACUAACUUAUUUAUGUCAGGCUUUUUUAAAUGUAGAAUAAAAUGGGGUUUUGAUUACGGUUAUCCAAAGUGGCAUUUACAUUAUACCUAUUUUUUUUUUUUGUAAAAGCAUAUUUUUGCUAGUUUUUAUUUUAUCAAAUAAGGUUGCAACCUGAGCCUGAUUUUAAAAAAAAUAUUUGAUGUGCAUUUUGUAUUGUGUGGUUAUAAGAUAUGUUGCAAUCAAUUAAAACUGAGAAAUUACAUCUAUCUGAUUUUGUUGGUCAUGUUUGCACUGUUGAUAGACUGUGUAGGCUGGAGAGCAUUCCUAUCUCUCAGCCAGUAGUAUAAAAGUUAUUCUAUUUAGAUUACACUCACAUCUAUAUUCCUUUGCUUCGUAACUUGUUUCAUAUAGCCUAUUUGUGAAUCACAAGUAAAAAUGCCUCAGGCCCUGCUUUUAGGCAUAAGAAAAUAACAGAUUGCUGUGAUUGUGUUAUACCUCAGUUCUCUCCAUAUCCACUGCUUUUAGUAUGAUUUAGACCAUUUACAAUUUUGGAAUGAAGUCAAAGGCAUGCAAAUAUUUAACUCGAUAAAAACGUAUUUUUGUGGUUCUAGUGAUUUUCAUAGGAUUUAUGAUUAGAUACAGUAUUUCAGUAAAUUAAGUUAACAUGUUUAUCAAUUGGUGUAUUCUCUUCGGCUCGAGGACACACUGGAACCAAACCGUGCGUAUUGAGUACCAUUUGGCACAUUACGUUUGCAUGUUUGAAGCUUGAAGUAGCACGUAAUAGGAUCCGGUAAAUACAAACGAUGUUCUUGCUACUACUACGGUUACAAAAUCAGGCUAUUUCAAUAUAUUUUAGCUUGUGUUUAAAAUCAACUGUGCCACGGCUGCCGCCGUCUGCGCAGUGACACUCCCAAUAUGAUGAAAUCGUGGAGUAUUUAAAAAAAAUUAUGCCUGGUGAUUGACGUUUGGGUCCUCCAAUCCGGUUAUGUCUAAGGAAAGCACACCGCUGUUGCAUCCAGUUACAUUUGUCUAACGGCAUGUUUGAAACUAUUCACUUUUUUGCUCUCCACACGGGUCCACAUUUGAAAUGCGCAAGUUAGUCUUAGUGCAUGCGUUUUAUGUUCAAUUUCAUCUCCCCGAGUGCAUAAGUAUAGCCGAUAACCAAUUAGUACUUUAAAUGCCUUCAUGCAGAUGUAGUUUGACUUUGAAUGAAUUAUAGAAAAAUGCAUGUAGAAAUAUCCGUUGAAUAAAGCAACAACCCUAUAUGAUGUCUAUAUAUUUUUUUAUCAUGUUAUUGAUGUCUUUAUAUAUUAAAGCUAUACAAACAAUG